UGAUGUCAACCCUGUUUUCAAAGAGAGACGACGCGCUGUUUGCAAAAAGGGAUCACUAUUAUUGUUUGUGUCAUUGUGUAUUGUAAAAAGUGUUAAGUACAGCAAAUGGAAUCUCCAGUGGUCAAGGAUAUAGCAGCCGGCUUGGGUGGCGAUAGGCUGGAAGUCUUCAGAAAGCUAAAUCUCCUAGAACAGCACCGCAUUGAAUCCUUCAAAGAUUGGCCUUUUCCAGAGACGGCUUCAUGUAGCAUUUCUAAGAUGGCCGAGGCGGGAUUUUAUUGGACAGGCACAAAGCGAGAAAAUGACACCGCCACUUGCUUUGUGUGCGGAAAAACUCUCGAUGGUUGGGAAUCCGAAGAUGAUCCAUGGAAAGAGCACCUCAAACACGCUCCUCAAUGCGAGUUCGUGAAGCUAUCGUGUCCCGAAAAGGAUCUAACUGUCUCACAAUUCCUCGAAUUACUUGGGACCGUCGUUAAAGGCAGUAUCGAGAAAACCUGUAAAGCCUUUAAACGGAGUUUCGUUCAAGAAAACGAGAAUCGCCUAGAUGAGUUUACUCAUAACCUAAAGUAGAUUCUAAUUCUUUUUAAUUAAACCGUAUCUAUAUUUAUCAUUUCAUGUACAGAAAUUUGUCAAUAAAACGGGGUGUUAGUGCCAACAUCAAA